ACUUUUUGUUCUUGUUCCUCAAGUUUCUCUGAAAAUCAUAUUUCACUUCAAAACCUCCAAAUUCCCAGAAAUUUUCAGAGUUUAUUUUCAUAAGAAUAUAAAUGGAGUUUGUUCUGGAAGAAGGCAAGAAACAUCACAGAGAAUGCUCCACAUUAGUACUGCCGGCUUUAUCAGUAGGAAAUGUAGGACAGUUAGCAGUUGAUUUAUUGGUAGCAUCAUCAAAAGGAGCGGAAAGAAUCGGGUAUUUGGAUGAUCCAUAUAUUCUUCCUUGUGUUGGAAAUGACCCGUUUGGUCCUCUUCCUCAAGGAGAACUUGCUCUUCCCCUUGAAGUGUAUGAUUCACCGUCCAAUAAAUUGACUUUCGUACAGCAAAGAUCUCCCAUAGUUAAGGGGAUGAUGGUUCAAUUUGCCCAAAGUUUGGCUGAUUUUGCUGUUGCGGCUGGAAUGAAGCAUGUUAUUGUGCUCUCUAGCUUGGAAUUUAGGAGAUGGCAGAAGGUUGAUAUGUCUAGUGGAAUGCCAAUAUACUAUCUUUCGAGCACCAAUGUAGAUGGAACAAAUGAUGAUUGUGAAAAAAUUGGAUGGAAACGACUCCCAGAGUACAACCCUUCUCUAAGCAGAUGGCAAUAUCUUUGUGAUGUGGCAGGAGGGAAUAGUGUUGUUGAACUUCCUUUUGAUGAUGAUGUAGAAAGUGAUGAAGAUUAUUAUGCCAGUUUGCCUUUUGCUGCACUGUUUUCUUGUUUUAAGGCAAAAGGGUUGAAGGUGACUUGCUUGCUCCGUUACUGCUCAGAAGGAGAUAACAUAUCUGAUUCCUUUAAUCUUGCUGAGGCAGCAUGCAGGAUUUUGGGACUGACUCCUAGUGAUCACAAUGCAAGUGGAGAUGGAGGCUGGGUCACCCCACUUUCAUGGAAGAGCUUGUAUGGACCUCCCCCAGAUAUGUCAAUGUUCUAGGCUGAUUCAACUUGGAAAGCAUUAUGCAGAAUUUACAUGUAAAACUCAAACUCUAUAGUUGGUAUAUUACCGAUCAAAGUUUCAGAAAACAUGCUCUGAAGACGAUUCUAAUUAACCACAAAACUUAUGUGACUAAGGUGAUUUAUUAGGCAUUCUUCUUUUAUCCCCUUCUGAACUGGAGUUGUAUUAACUUAUGAUAUUACAGUUUUUUCCAUGGUUCUUUCGUAGCUCUGUUA